CUCGGUAAUAUUAGUAUUUGUAAGCAUAUUAAAAUAUAUAUUAUAUUGAAUACCUUGACGUUAACUUACCAUACCUCAACUUUAACAAAUACAUCGAUUUAAUUAAUUUAUUUAUUAUUAAAUACUUUAUAUUUUCAUAAAAAAUGUCAACCAAUAAAGAAAAUAAAAGUGUUGAAACAAUUACUAGCGAUUUACUUGAAACGAAUAUCGUUAUAAACGAAGAACAGAAGAGGGUGAACGAAAUGUUAAAAAAUCGCUUAAGGAAAUAUAUAAAAAAAUUAGACGAGAAAAAUAUGUGCACGAGUAAGGAAGAAAGUGAAAAGACCGAACUCGAGACAUUCAAACAAUUAUACAAACCAAAACUUGAAGGUGACGAGGAGACAUACAAAAAAAUACCUAAAUUUUACUUCAAACUUCCUCGAGCCGAUGAUGUCUUAGCACAAAAACUAAGGGAAGAAACAAGAGCUCAAUUUUUGCAAAAGAAAAGCAAGGAAUUGUUAGAUAAUAGUGAAUUGAAGCAUUUAUGGAGUCUGCUUGAGAAAUCUAACGGUAGUUAUAGUAUGGCUAAUAGUGACGAAUUGACAGUUGAUUAUUUACAGUUCAAAAAAAUUAGAGAUGAAGCCGGACCAAAGUAUAGGCCUUACUUCACAGCAGAGGUGUUCGGUCGUCUACAAGCUGCCGAAGGUGGCAUAGGUCGUGUACGAGGAGUUUCUCUCUUCAACUAUGUGAUGCGUCGAGUUUGGUUACAACAAACACGGAUUGGUCUGUCCUUGUACGACGUAUCAGGACAGGGAUAUCUGACUGAACAUGAUUUAGAGAGCUAUAUAGCAGAGUUAGUACCGUCUCUCGCAGCACUGGAUGGUCUGGACUCGUCGUUCACAUCGUUCUACGUUUGUACAGCAGCCAGGAAGUUCCUCUUCUUCCUGGAUCCUCUGAGAGUCGGCCGGGUGAGGAUCAGGGAUGUGCUGUCCUGCUCAUUCCUUGAUGAUUUGUUGGAGUUACGAGAAGAAGACCUGCCAAUGGAACUACAGGAACAGAACUGGUUCAGUGCGGCGUCAGCUCUCCGUGUGUAUGGACAGUACCUCAACCUGGACAGAGACCAUAACGGCAUGCUCAGUAUCAACGAACUGGCCGGCUACGGCUCGGGCACGCUGACGCGCGCGUUCCUGGCGCGCGUGUUCCAGCAGUGCCUGACGUACGACGGCGAGAUGGACUACAAGACGUACCUGGACCUGGUGCUGGCGCUGGAGAACCGCCGCCAGCCCGCCGCGCUCGCCUACCUGUUCCGCGUGCUCGACAUCAACUCGCAGGGUUUCCUCGAUGCCUUCACCCUCAACUACUUCUUCAAGGCGAUUCAAGAACAAAUGGUGGCCCACGGCGCUGAACCGGUUAACUUCGAUGACGUCAAAGACGAAAUCUUCGACAUGAUCCGCCCGGAGCACCCGUCUCGUAUAACACUCCAAGAUCUGAUCAAAAGCGGCCACGGACACACGGCUGUGUCGAUUUUGUUGGAACUGCACGGGUUUUGGGCGUACGAGAACAGAGAGGCGCUGGCGGCGGCUGGAGAUCACUCUUGACAGGGCAAGAUGGAGUUUACGAAGGAGAUUGAUAUAAAUUUGAGAUAGAAUAAUUUUAAUAGAGCCCUACCACGUCGCUUUGUGGUCGAGGUGUGCAACGCUGUCGUGGAUUUGUCACGACUGGGCAAAUAACCGUGAUGAACAAUUAAAAAAAAACUUGGGGUCAAGUAACGCGUUUAAGAAAUUGGAAAAUUGAAAAACUAGUUUUCAAUAAAUUUAAAGCGUCUGGGCAGUCUUGUAGUCGGUAUGAACAUGUGAACAAAUCUCUACGUGGUCUAAAAUAAAGUCGCUUCCCGCUCUCUGUACGCUUAGAUCUAUUAAACUACGCAAUGGAAAUUAAUGCGGGUUUUAUCAAUAUACAGAUUGAUUCAAGAGGGAUGUUUAAAAAG